CCUAUCCGCUUAUCGACCAGACGGGUGGUGUUCCAUAGUGCAGCUUUCUUCCGUCACAACAACAACAUCAAUAUCACCACCAAACUCGACGCCCAAUGCGACAUCAAAUUGUCCCGCCACGCCGUAUUCCCCACCGCCAUCUAUCGGCUUGGCCUGUCAUCUUGACGGGCCAUCCAUGAAGCUACCAUGUCCGUCAUUCUCUGCACCGCCGGCUAUGACCACACCAUCAGAUUCUGGGAGGCGCUGUCGGGAAUCUGCUCCCGAACCAUCCAACAUCCGGACUCUCAGGUAAACCGACUAUGCAUCUCUCCCGACAAGCGAUUCCUAGCAGCGGCGGGCCACCACACCGUCAAGCUGUACGACAUCAAAUCGACAAACCCGAAUCCGCUACUCACUUUCGAGGGCCACACCGGGAAUGUCACCGGCGUCGCCUUUCACUGUGAGGGUAAGUGGAUGGUGACUAGCUCCGAGGAUGGCACGGUCAAGAUAUGGGAGACGCGCAGCGGUACCAUCCAGCGCAGCUACUCCCACGGCUCCGCCGCCAACGACGUCGUCAUCCACCCCAACCAGGGCGAGAUCAUUAGCUGCGACCGUGGUGGCAGUGUCCGCGUCUGGGACCUCGCCGAGAACAACUGCUCCCACCAGCUCAUCCCCGAGGAGGACGUCUCCGUCACUAGCGUCACCGUCGCCAGCGACGGCUCCCUCCUGUGCGCCGCAAAUAACGCUGGCAACGUCUUCGUCUGGCAGCUGAUCCAGAACCAAAACUACGACCGCACCAACCUCGUCCCCGUAACCCACUUCUCUGCGCACAAGGAGUAUAUCACGCGGAUUCUGCUCUCGCCCGACGUCAAGAAGCUCGCCACCUGCUCCGCCGACCACACUGCCAAGAUCUGGGAGGUCACUGUCUCGAGCAAUGCGAGCUCGCCGGACGAGACGGCCACCACCACCACCGACAGGUCCGAACUGAGCCCCUCUGCCAUCACCGGCUCUACGCCGCUGGGAUCUGCAGCGGCCACUAUUAACGGCAACGGCACCAGCAGCCCGCAGCAGCACGAGCAGCUCACCGGCAGCAGCUUGGCCGUUGGCGCAGGGCUAGGCCUGGGUCUAGGUCCGAUAGGAACCGGGACGGCGGCGCUGAGUCCGGGGCUGGGCCCGGGACCUGGGGAGGCAAAGCCGUUCCCUCUCGAAGCAACGCUGACGGGCCACCAGCGCUGGGUGUGGGACUGCGCCUUUAGUGCCGACUCUGCAUACCUGGUGACGGCGUGCUCGGAUCACUACGCCCGCCUGUGGGAGCUGCACAGCCAGCAGGUCAUCCGCCAGUACAAUGGCCACCACCGCGGCGCCGUCUGCGUCGCGCUCAACGACUACUCCGAAAUGCGGUGAUGGGAUAGGCCUGUCUGGCCGGGCAGGUCGGGGACGGAGCGGAUACCGGGUUAGGCCCUCGUUUAGGGCGGCAAGCGUCCCAUCCUAGCCAACUCCUCUUUUUCUAGCUGUCGAGGGCAAGCAAGCAGAUCAACGUCGGACUCGGGAAUCCUGCUCUCAUCCAUCUGGCGGUCUAGAUCGUGCGCCCGAAACACUGACCAUCAUUUCUAUAUAGCAUAGCACAGUAGGUUCCGGCGUUCGGGGAGUUUUCACGCGGGAUUUCUUCUUUGCAAUUUUUUUCCCCCACCUUUGGCCGAUCCAUCCUCCCGAGCACUGUAUGGGUGGGUUACGAUUGCGACGAUGUCAAAUAGGCGGCAGAGUAGUAAGCAAGCGAGCAAGAUGUCCAAAAUGAUGCGGCCUUGUUGCUUCUGACACCUCGGCUGGGUGCUCGGCCUCCACAAGUUGCCCAGUUCCGCUGAAUUGCCAUCCUAUCUAUGACAAAAAACGAUGCCAUUCAGAGACGGGCACUUUUGGGUUAUCUACAUGCCAACCAACUCCCUUUUUCUCCCGCAGACGUGUGACCUGAUCUGAUCCCAGUCCCAACACCGGACCCAU